AUGUGGGCACUGCCAGGGAAAAACCGAGUUGGUCAUCCUCCCCUGACGUCUGUGAAGGAGAUGAACAAGAAAGCGACACAAAGGGGGACACUGGACUAUGUCUCUUCUGAUGGCAUCCUUGUUGCAAGAUGGAAGGACAACAGCGUUGUGACAAUCUUGUCCUCUGAUGUUGGUGUGGAGCCCAUGGGAACAGUGGAGCGGUACGACAGGGCAGCCAAGAAGAAGGUUCCCAUUCCUUGCCCAUCUGUCAUCCAGAUGUACAACAACCGCAUGGGGGGCAUUGACAAGAGUGACAUGUUGACACACCUGUACAGGACCCCCUUCAAAGCAAAGAGGUACUACAUGAGGCUCUUUGCUUACCUCCUUGACUUGAUCAUCUGCAACACCUGGAUUUUGUACAAGAGGGAUUGCCUGGCUUUGCAGGAAAACCCCCCCCAAGCCGCUCAAGGACUUCCGUCUGGAUAUCUCCAAUUGGCUCAGAAGCUUCAAGUCGUCAACCUUCAGAAUAACCAGGAAUUCUCUUGGCACCAGAGAUUUUGCUUUGCCAAGAAGGGGCCAAUGGGCAGUUGUGCCAAGUAUUGA